CUAGCAGAAGCUUCAGUCGUACGCAGUCGUAAACGUCAAAUGUUUGUUUUCUUCCGCGGGUCACAUGGCAAUGGCAAAUUAGCAAUUCCGUUAUACGGAUACCGGAACAUCGUAACAAAUAUUGUUCAUGGCAAUAUAUUACGUAGACUUUACGUUCAACGAGUGCGAAUUUUAAUCGUAAAAGUUAUCUUACUGCACAACACACAAGAUACCAGAAUAUACAAAUUUGCCGUUGUUCAGGCGCUGUAUAUGUUGAUCAAUAGUGUAAUUUGCAUAAAAUCGAUUAAUGACCUAAACUAACACAUUCCGCAGUAUGAAUUUCUACGAGAACAAUACCGGCCUGUUAAAUUUGCUAAAAUAAACUAAAUAAUAAGUGAAGUAAAAGCAAAGUAUAAACAGAUAUUAAUAAAUUAAAUUGUUUCAAUUGUACUUCGUAAAUUGUACACAAAAUUUUUUUACAAUUAAAUUGUAAAACAGAAGUUUUUUCUCUCUAGAAUAAUUAUACUUUUAAACUAAAUAAAUAAAAUGUAUAUUAAUUGUAAGUUUUUGAUGUGAGGAUUAAAUGGCUGAUAAAAACAUUAAAGUAAUUCAUCAGUUUCUUAUGGAUCAUAAUUUGGAAAACACUGCUGAAGUUUUAAUUCAAGAAGUUUCAAAAAUGGGCUUUCAAAAUUCGGCACGCAAAUUAAAAGCUACUGUAGAUCCGUAUGCUCAAUUAAUAUUAUGUUACAAUACCGGAGAUUAUUCAACAUUUUUCCAGUUAUGGAAGGAUUUGUUUCCUAACGGCAUUAAACAGUGUGAAGAAUAUAAAAAAUUUACAUUUUAUUUACAUGUGCAUUUUGCUAUAUUACCAAAACGUAAAUUUUAUGCUGAUCAAUAUAAAGAACACGAAGAUUCUACUUUGGAGAACUGCAAGGAGAACAACGCAACUGAAAUCGAAAAAAAUAUAAAUAACAGCAUGAAACAAUUACAAGAUUAUUUGAAUGGAGAUGGCAAGGAAUUAGAAAAUGACAUAGAAUUACAAUCGUUUUAUGCACUGCCAUUUAUAGAAGAUAUUCAUGCAGACACUUUUUUCUCCAAAAUAUUAGAACAGAGUUGGAUGGAUGAACUAUCGAGAAAUCUCAAUUUAUUUAUUAAAAAUCAUAAACAAGAUUUAAUCGAUUUGAACAAUAUAAAUCUUAAAAAAGUACAAUCACGGGAUUUAGUACAUACUAUGCCAGUGACAGAAGUAGAAAUGGUAGAAUCAGAUGCUGCACGAAAUAAGAUUAUAAAGAAUAAUACGUUAAUUGUGCCAAACGAUAGAGAUAUACCCAUAUUUUUAGAAGACCAUGACGAUGAGGAGCAAUACAGUUUAUCUCAUAAAACAAAUCGUAAUCUAAAAUCAAAAGAUACACAAACACAUAUUACUGGAGAUCAAAUUAUAAUCAAGAAUUCACGAGAAGAUACAUUGAAUUCGGGAGAAAAUGUUAAUAGUUUGCUGAAGAUGCACAAACUAGACAAAAAAUUGGGCCAAUGCAAUCAAGAAUUGGUAUUGACCAAGACCCAUUUAUGCAGUGUUCAUACAAAUUACGAGAAAUUAAAAGUGAGAUUUCACAAAUUACACGCGGACUAUCAUAAGUUAAUAAACGUUGCCGGAGAAUUAACUGUAGCAUUGGAAAAUUCAGUAAAAGGACAGACUGUUGAUAUACAACGAACGCUCGAAAUUUGCAUGAAGAUAUUUCCAGAUCUAUUUAAUCAAAAUAUAAGAGAGACUUCCUAUCCAUCCUUGUUGCAAUUCGGUCAAACUGAUGUAAAAACAAUUGCCCGGCCUAAAGUUGAUCAAGUCGCAGCAUUAUCAGUAUCUCCAAAAUUAUUGGACUAUAAAAAAAUCAAAUUACAUCUACUUAAUGGAGAUGUGAAGACAAAAUUAUUGCUAUUGCAAGCAUUACGUUGGAAAAUAACGCUUGCGCAGUUGAACGAACAGGAUGAAGUUUUGCACGAAUAUAUAAGCCACGAUUUAAUGGGGCUUCAUGGACAAAUUGCUAGCGACAGUGGCAAGCCGAUUUUACCGUGUCUGCUGACUGUAGGAGAAGCUUAUGCCAGGCAUCUUUUACAACAGUUUACUGCACGAUUACUAAACACAUUAGCAUCCUUUAGAUGCGGAAGAGAUUAUCUAUCGGUCGGAUCUACCGUCGUAAACGUGAUCUUUGUGUGUCUCGAUAGUAAUAACGCUGACGGAGUUGACGUUUUUGCAUGUGACAUGAUGGUAGCGAUGUUACAGAAACUAUCUUUACGCAGACAGCAACGGAUAUAUAUGAUAGAAAACGGAUUGUUGGAAUGGUUAAUCAAUCAUUUACACAACAAAUGUCGUCUCAUAAGUUUAUACAGGCUUGAAUAUGCUACCGCACUUUUAAUGAAUCUAUCGUUACAUCGAUUAGCGCAAGCUAGAGCAUCUAAAAUAUCUUCUUUACUCGUUUCUACAUUACUCAUUCUUCUCUCGAUAGAUCAUGCAUCUUCUCUACCAUAUAUCAAUGGAGCGCUAAAUAAUUUUUUAAAUAAUCCUGUAAUCAAUGAGGAAGCAAAAAAAAUAAAAUGUUCGAAUAUAUCGGAUUAUCUUAGUAACAAUCAAAAAACUGCAGAAAUAAGAAAGCAUCUAGAGCAUAUAUUGAAAAUACAAAGGUGUGAAAAUGUUAAUACACCGCAGACUGAAGAGACUGGAGAUGAUGAUAACGAAGAGUUGGAUGUAUUGGAAAAUGAAUUAGACGAAAAUGAUCCACUACAAAAUUAUGUCGGUGAAUUGAAUGGAGAAACGCUGCUUGCAAUGUGUUAUAGCGUUUCUUCGAAAAUUCCUCAGGAUACUAUAACUACGGAUACUACUCUACAAAAAAUAUCUACGCUGAAUCCUAUUAAUUUUUACGACAAUCAGCACAAUAAUUACCUUUGCAGUAAACGCCCAGCAUAUCCUGCGUUAAGUAGGUAUAAUAUGAAGAUGGAAAAUAAGAUGUUAUCAAAAAAAAGUAGUAUUAAACUAGCAGCUCUUGCUAAACAAGUAUCAAAGUUAUCAAAUUCUUCUUUGAAGGAACAGCAAAGUAUAAAUGGCACGAAUAAAGAAUCGCUCUCUGCAGAUAAAAUUGAAAAUAUUGCAAAAAGAUUUGUCAGUACCAAAUCUUCCUUAAUUAUGAAAUACGAAAGUCGGCAAGAACAGUAUGAAAAUUUAAAUAUAUUAAAAAAUAUAGUUUGGUCAUCAAGCACGAUCAAAAACAAAAAUCACAAUCAAUACGAAUUUAAUUGCAAUAAUCGCGUCGACACAAAUAACAUGCAAAUGAAUCAAUUAAAAUUACGUAGAUCACAAAAUAAGAUUGACGCAGAAAAAUUCUAUGAUGGAAAAUGCAAAAUAACGGAAUGGGAAAAAUUACCUUUAAAACCUUUUAAGCGAAAUUUUUUUCAGAAAACAAUUCUGAAUGAUACUAUUUGUUUAUAUAAAAAUCAGACUUCCAAGGACAGCAGUGAAACUGCAAUAACAUCUUCUGUGACUGUUACAUCCGGUCGCGAAAAUAGCCAAAUGACAGAAACAGAGAAAUUUAGCAGUAUAGCGUCGCUGUGA